CCCAGUCAAAAAAUUCCUUUAACUAGCGCAACGUCCCAUAUUUGCAUUUUGCCGCCCAGAUUUAUGCUUAAUCCUUCCGAACUUGUGUCUCACAUCCAUUGAGGAAUACUCGCGAUGGGCCGUAUCCUAUAUUUCGAAGACUAUACCGUCGCAUGGAUCGCCGUCUUACCGAUCGAGGCGGAGGCGGCCCUGGGCAUGCUGGACAACGAACAUGACGGACAGUUCGUAACCGGGCGAGGCGAUGACUACAUAUAUAUUGGAGGGGAUAUAAAUGGGCACAAUGUCGUGAUAGCCACUUGGCCAGAGGGACAAAAUUAUGGUGUAGGAGCCGCGGCCGCGCUUGUAAAUCAAGUGAAGGCCCGCUUCCCAAACAUUUGGUUCGCCUUGUUAGUAGGAGUAGCCGCUGGCUUGCCUAAUCUUUCCCCAAAGGCCUCUGCACAGCCUCGAGACAUCCGAUUUGGCGAUGUCCUGGUUUGUGUACCGGAAAAGACGAGCGCCGGUAUUGUACACUACGACCUGGGGAGACAUACAGAGGACGGCUUCAUGCUCGUUGGCAGACAAGCUGAGACUCCAGCGAUUGUCAGAUCCGCAAUUAGCAAUAUCAGGCUCACCAAGAAACAUCCGUUCAGAAUCGGAAACUUAUUUUAUCAGUAUCUUACUUCCUUCCAAGAAAAGACAGGGGACAAAAAGUUCUUAUGCCCGAGCCAACAGGAUGAUCGGUUAUUUGAAGGAGUAAGAGAAGGAACCGGCUUGGUGCCAAAACUGGUAAAAAGGAAACUGCGCGAUGAAUCAGAGCGCACUCGAGUGUGGUAUGGGAACAUUGGCUCUAGUAACUCCAUGAUGAGAGAUUCUAAACGAAGAGAUGAACUAAGAGACAAAUACAAUCUCAUUGGUCUUGAAAUGGAGGCGGCUGGCGUUAUGAACACUCUUCCAACGGGUGUUAUAAGAGGCGUGUGUGAUUAUGGGGAUAGCCAGAAGAACAAGGACUGGCAACCAUAUGCGGCUGCCGUUGCAGCCGUCUACGCGAAAGGAGUUCUCUAUGCCAUCAACCCCAAGGUAUCACCAACCAAAGGUUAG